CCCGCAUGUUUAACGUUGUUGUAAACGGGAUACCUAAACGAAUUUGUUGAGGACAUUUGAACACGUCACCAAGUAGACCAACCAACACAGUCAUCGGAAUGUCACACAUUGACUUACCAAUCCUCCUCUGUUUGGUACUGUGCCUAGGUGGUUGGAUAACAAUGUGUAUAGCAGGACCUUGUGACCACGGAUGGUACUACCGAAACGGAACUUGCUAUAAAUUUCAUCAUGAAAAGAAAAACUGGAUCGACGCUAACAACACAUGUACUGCACAGAAUGCAAGGCUGGUACACAUAAAAUACCUGGAGUUGAACACCUAUCUAGCAGUCACGGCAGCGACCGUGUUCAACGACAUGUACUGGAUUGGGCUGAGACGUACCGACUAUUAUGAAUACAGGAACUUCAAUGAAAACAAUGCAACGACUCUCAAGUGGUUUAUCGGAGAACCAAAUAACGGAGUAUUAGCAUGCGUCUAUUCCCAAGGCGGUUUUAUGAAAGAUCAUAGUUGCGAUGAUCCGGCCGCUGGUGUACCACGCGGAUUCAUAUGCCAAGGUAUCAUUUACUAG